CAAUGGGUCACCAUUACCGACGUGCGAUGCGCGAGUACCAAGGGCUACCUCCGGAUGGGGAGACGAGUGAAGAAGACGAACAGCAGGUUCUCGCAGCAUAUGCAAAUGGCCUACUUGCUGGUGCUCAUAGCCAGGCCAAGCGGAGCCGUUACAGUGUCAAACGCAUCGUGGUCAAGCGAAACAUCCGGGAGGGUUGGCAUCGGCUACGUCUUGACUACUUUGACCCCCAAAAAGUUUACCCCGACGCAUUCUUCCGGAGGAGGUUUCGUGUGUCACCUAGGCUGUUUUGCCGUGUAGCAGAUGCUGUUACUGAGUACGAUGACUACUUCAAGGAGAAGGAAAAUGCAGCCAGGAAGAUGGGAUGCCAUCCUUACCAGAAGAUUGCUGCUUGCUUCAAACUGCUUGCCACCGCCUGCACACCUGAUUCUCUGGACCGAGAGUUUCGUAUGUCUAGCUCUGCCAUUAUGGAAAGCUUCAAGCAUUUCAUCCAGGGUGUGGUUGACCUCUUCGAACAACGCUACUUAUGCAGCCCAAAUGAGACCGAUAUACAGGCCUUGCUGCAGGUUGCUGAGGACAGAGGGUCCCCUAUUUUUGAUGACCUCGCCUCUUGUAAUGCCCCUGCUGUCAACUUCACCGUGAAUGGUCACCAUUACGACAUGGGGUACUACCUGGCAGAUGGCAUAUACCCGGAUUGGGCGACACUAAUCAAAGGAGUUCCUAGUCCAGUUACUGAGAAGCAGAAGCUCUUCACUUUAAAGCAGUCUGCUUACAAGAAGGAUGUCGAGCGAGCAUUCGGUGUGCUACAAGCAAAAUUUGCAAUUGUCAAAUGUCCUGCCAGAAUGUUCAUGGUAGCAGAUUUAAAGAACAUCAUGAGUUGUUGUAUUAUCCUGCACAACAUGGCAGUUGCGGACGAGCGAGGACUUCCGGUGGCGACCAUUGACGACUUCGAAGAUGCCACUGCACCUAUGCUUCUCCCGAGGAAUGUGCCAAGCAUACAGACUUUGAUAGCAAACCACAAAAAAAUCGAAGAUCGAGGCAUGCAUCACCGGCUGCAGGAAGACCUCAUGGAGCACGUGUGGAACGAGUGUGGCAGCACCUAG